UCACGUGUGGGUCAUGCAUCCAGCUUCUAUUCCUCGGCCUCAUUUAAGGAAAUCCAAAUCAUCCACAGCACCUGCUUCCUUCCCAACCAGACUGACCAAGACUUGUAAGUUCGAUCCCCGCAACUAACAUCCCCGCAGUCCCCCCCGCUCACAAACCACCCGUCUUCCAGUCAACUCUUCUCUUCUCUUCUUCUUCUUCUUCUUCUUCUUCUUCUUCUUCCCCCGUAGACUCUCUAGCCAUCUAUAUACCAUCCGCCGACCAUCUUCCUCGACCUCACUUCCCACUCUACACCGAUGAGGAACCCUUGCGACAAGCGCGGCACCAACAGGGGAGCCUGGUCCAAGGAGGAGGACCGGAAGCUCAUCGACUACAUCAGACUGCACGGGGAAGGCUGUUGGAGGUCACUCCCCAAGGCUGCAGGUCUGCUUCGGUGCGGCGAGAGUUGCAGGCUCCGGUGGAUCAACUACCUUCGUCCGGACGUGAAGAGAGGCAACUUUAAAGAGGAUGAAGCCGACCUCAUCAUCAAGCUCCACGCGUUGCUCGGCAACCGGUGGUCGUUGAUAGCUGGGAGGCUGCCGGGGAGAACGGACAACGAGGUGAAGAACUACUGGAACUCCCACCUGAGGAAGAAGCUCAAGAGCAUGGGUGUCGAUCCUGACAACCACCGGUUGACCCAGAAGGCGCCGCUCCGUCGAUCUCGGAGCUCACACAGUGCAUCUCUGUCGACUGAUGCCGUGACAAGCCACGAGAACAUGAAGAAGUGCAGCUCCACUGUGUUGCCUGAUCUCAACCUCGACCUAACGAUCUGCACUCCAUCCUCUCUUGAGGGACAGAGGCUUGACAGGACUGCCACCCCGACGCUUCUUCUCUUUCAUUGACUUUGGUCGACUAGUGUUAGCUCAUAUGUCUGUGUGACGUCAAUGGUGGAGUGAAGGUGAUCCAGGAGAGGACACAUGCAUUGUAGUCUGAGGAAAUCACAAAAGAUAUUGCUGCUAUGUCAACCCUUC